GGAGGACUUCCACUCCCAGAAUCCCCCAUGCUGGCCGGAGAUUCCUUGGAGAAGCACACAUGUCUUCAGGUGGCCAGGCUUGGAGACCCCCGGUCCAGAGGGUCUCUCUGGCCCUCAGGCCGGGCUUUUGAGGGGGACCCCUCUGGAGGUCUGGGGUCCAGAGGGGAGCAUGGAGUUGAGCUUCUGAAGCUGCUGCUGGAAGCCUUUCUGCCUGUGUGUCCUGGGCCAGGAAAGAGGCGUGUCUGGAUGCGUCCUGGAGGAAAGAGGAACUGGCUGUGCGGAGGUGGAGGGAGGGCUCAGCCCUCCGUGCUCCCUUCCGAAAAGGGUCAGCCAGACGGAGGCUAUGUCAGCGGAGUAAACCAGGAGGAUCUUAAAAGUAAGUUGACAUGAUUCCACAGAGUUGAAAAACAACAGCAAACAUAAUAAUAUAUUAUUAAAAGCAGAUGCUACAAACCAUCAUCAAGAUAUCCUGAUUUAGUCUGUAAAUUCAUCUAUUUAUGUCUUCGCCACCUAUAAAGGAAUCGCUGCCGUUGUUAAGGGUCUUCCCAGGACAUGAGCAUCACGGAGGUGAUCUCCUCACUACUAAGGGUGGAGGAGACCUUCUCUGCGCAUCUUGCCCGGAUCAACACGGUGGUCCUUAAGCCCCUUCUGCAAACAGGGUCUUUGGAGAACAUAAAGUUCUUUCCCUUAUUAAAUGACCACUUCCAAGUGAUCUGGCAUCUGACGGAGGCGAAUUACAGGACAUUAAAGGAGACGUACAGCACUUCCGAAUCUGUUGACUUUCCGGACAUCUAUCUCAUUUGCAAAGCGGACUCGUUCCUGAAUGCUUAUAUCCAAUACUUUUUCACAUUUGGUACUUGCGUCGUGGUGCAAGAUUUCGAACAGGCCGCUCGGAGUAAAAAUGACAUCUGGAGGUUGCAAAAACCAGCCCUGCAGGAAUUCCUUGCUGACUUCUCACUGGAUACCUGUCUGGCAAUGGGGCUCCACACGGUGUUGCAGAAGCCGUUCCGAGACCACCUACAGCAAUAUGCCUGUGUCCUUGCCAAGCUCAAGACAGCCACCGGACAGAGCUUAGAGGCAGAAAAAAUCUCGGAGGCCUCCGAAAAGUUUGCAAAGCUCCGUUCGUGCCUCAGCCGGAUCCUGGACGAAGCCUGCCUCACUGCCAGGUUGUGGAAGUCCAUGGGGGCUAAGUGCACGGAGGCCCUUUGCACCCCAGAGAGACGGUUGCUGGAGGACAGCGAAAACCUCCACAUCUGUGCCCGCCCUGGCAGAGCGGACCGCGUCCUGCUCUUCAACGACAUCCUGGUGCUGAUGCAGGGGAAUAACCUGCAGAGUUUUGAUCUGAAGCUGCUGUGGAUAGAUACGUCUUACAGUGAAAACGAAAACUGUGCUUUACUGAUUGUGACUCCCGAAGACAAUUUCUUCCUGUUGGCCAAAGCAGCAAAAGCCAAAGUGGUGUGGCAGUGGAAGAUCAACCGGGCGGUGGGCCAGGCCUUGCAGGACAAGAGGGAUCUCCCGUUGUGGGGUGACACGGGCAAAGGCCCAAAAUCCGACCCCCCUCUCUGCCGCUGCGCCAGCUUCACAUUCAGGACUGAAGAACGGUUGAGGAGUGCCACCUACGAGGGGGAGUGGUGCCUUGGGAAACCGCAUGGAAAAGGGAAGCUGACGUGGCCCAAUGGCCAGAAUUAUGCUGGAGAUUUCAAGAAAGGCUUCGAAAAUGGGUUUGGGAUCUGCUUGAUCCCUCAAGAAUCCAAGGACCACUACAACUGCUACAAAUGCCACUGGAGGGAUGGUCAGAUGAAUGGCUACGGUAUCUGCGAAUACGGCAAUGAGAUGGUCUACAAAGGCUAUUUCAAGGACAACGUGCGGGAGGGUUUUGGCGUCCUGGAUAGUCCCCCGAGUACCGGACAUCCAUUUAAAUACACAGGACACUGGAAGAAGGACAAGAAAACAGGUUAUGGUGUCUGGGAUGAUAAGGAGAGAGGCGAGAGGUACAUCGGGAUGUGGCAAAACGACCAGCGGCAUGGACCAGGGAUUGUGGUGACGCAAUCCGGGCUCUGCUUCCAGAGGACGUUUCACCUGGAUAAAAUGGUGGGAUCCGGGAUUCUCCUUCUAGAGGACGGCUCUAUCUACGAAGGAAAUUUCACGAACGACUUGAAAUUUGUCGGCAAGGGAAAACUGACAUUUCCAAAUGGCUUCGUUCUGGAGGACACCUUCGCCAACAAAUCUAGAGAAGGGUGCCAGGUUCCUGGGGUGGCGAAUUCUUCUGGAGACCAUCAGGCUGUCACUAGACCUGCUAUCCAGUUGGGUCAGGAGGACUUCCCGGUGGAGAAGCGGUGGGAAGACCUCUACAACCAGUUCCUAGCGUUCAUCCGUGCGGGAGGCCAAGCAGACGACGAGGAGUCCUUCAUGGGGUUUCACGUGCAGACGAGUCGCGAGCUGCGGAAAUCUCAGGAGAAUCUCUUCAGCCACGGCGGAACCGAAGAAGCGUCUGAGAAAACGGACUUCCUUGAAGAACUAAUAAAGCAUCAGGAUCCAGAAGCUCGACGGAAUUGUUUGCAACAGGCUCUGGAGUCCUCGUUACAUCCUUUAGGGAAAUUGCUGAAAGCUUUCGUUCUGGUGUUCCAGUCCACUUAUUCUGGCAUUGGGGCUAACAAGCAUCUCUUGAGAAUGGCCCAAGAAGAAGCCAAGCACUACGCCACGAAAAUAUGGGAAUUUUACCAAGCUUUGCUGCAGCUUGCCUUCAAGGUGAAAGGAUUCAAAUCCCCCCAAAACACAGAAAUGAGGGACUCGGAUGGAGGCUCCGUCCUUCUACCGCUCAUCCUUCCUUAUUUCUACCCGGAACUCCUGAUGUUGUACAUGGUCGCCCACGAGAAGCAGGACGAGAUUUACUGCCAGAGGAUCGUCAGCCUCAGUCUCCUCUCUGACGUGACCCUCCUGGAGUACCUGGAGGUGCAGAGACACUUCUGGCCUCUGAAAGAUCUCAGCCUCAGCAGUAACCAAAGACAGUCACUGGUGAAGGAUCAGUGCUUUCUCUCUGCGACCGAAUGUCUGCAGAAGCUGAUCACCACCGUGGACCCCCAGGAAAAGCUGGACAUUCUCCAGAAGACGUACGAGGAGAUUGAGGAAACGAUAAACCAACUUUUGGGCAAGGAAUAUAAUCUUCCCAUGGAUGACUUCCUCCCCCUGCUGGUCUAUGUGGUGACGCGAGCCAGAAUUCAACAUCUAGGAGCAGAAAUUCAUUUGAUCAGAGAUCUGAUGGAUCCCACAAAUGGUGGAAGGCAUGACUUCCUCUUGACAGCACUGGAGUCCUGCUAUCAGCUUAUCCAAGAGAUACAACUGCCUUUGAAUUGACGAACGGCGUGUGACUCCUGAAAGACUACACAACCCAUCAUGAACAGCCAAUAGCAGCUGGAGAACUUACUCUGAUAAUUCCCAGAAACUGGACUGGACAUAGUUGCUGCUAUUGCUUAUUUUUUUAAAAAUUAAUAUUUGUCUUUCCUAUGGGAAAGUGUGUUCAUGCUUUUAGGGGAGCUGUCAAUUUUUUUGAAAUGAGUCAAUGAUGGGAAUUUUUUUGAAAUUGACAGAAAAGAGAUAGGGUAAGAUAGUCCUUGACUUACAACAGUUUGUUACAACGGCUCUGAAAAAAAAGUGAUUUACAGCCAUUUUUCACACGUAGGACUGUUGUAGCCCCUCCAUUGUCUUAUGAUCAAAAUUCAGACACUCAGUGACUGGCUCAUAUUUACGACGGUCGCAGUGUCCCAAGGUCACGUGAUCCCCUUUUGCGACCAUUCUGAAUAGCAAAGUCAAUAAGGGAAGCCCUAUUUGCUUAACGAUGAUCGUGUGACUCAACAGCUGCAGCGAUAUACGUUAAUAAAAAUUCAGCAAAUAAAUUGAAUAAAUGUUCAAUAAAUAAAUUAAGUAAAUAAAUUAAGAAAUUUGAUAAAUAAGUAAACUCAGUAAAUAAAUUUAGUAAGCAAAUUCAAUAAGUUAGAAAAUAAUUAAGUUUACUAAAUUUAAUAAAUACUUUAAAAAAAAAUCAUUAUCACGUGACCGUGGAACUGGUCUUAACUGCCAAGCACCCUCAAUACGGUCAUGUGACCUGUGGGGGGGAUCCAACAGAACGGUCAUUAAAUGAGGACUUCCUGUAAGGAGAUUCAAUAGAAUAGUUUAUCCUCAACUUAUGACCAUAAUUGAGCCCCAAAUUUCUGUUGUUAAGUGAGACAUUUGUUAAGUGAGUUUUGCCCCAUUUUAUGACCUUUGUCGCCAUAGUUGUUAAUGCGCUUGAUAAAUUAGUAACUCGGUCGUUAAUGUGGCAUCCCCCAUUGACUUUGCUUGUCUGGUUGUAAAAGGGGAUCAUGUGACCCCGGGACAUGGUGACCGUCAUAAAUAUGAGUUAGUUGCUAAGCGUCCCAAUUUGGAUUGUGUGAUCAUGGGAUGCCGCCAAGGGUUGCAAGUGUGAAAAACGGUCGUAAGUGCCGUAACUUUAAAUGGUCACUAAAAGAACUGCUGUUAAGGGCUACCUGUAUAAUGUUUUUCCGUGUUUUUUGUACUUUACCUUCUGCUAACAUCUUGUGGGUGUAUUUUUUCAAAAUCCAAAACCUGCAAAAUCCGACAUCCACUCUGUUUUAACAGCUUAAUGGCUUAUUUUUUUCUUGAAACAGGAUCCUAUGGAUGGAGGGAAGUAAGAAUCUCAAGAUGAUCCAUCAGAGCAGUGGUUCUCAACCUGUGGGUCGGGACCCCAUUUGGGGUCGAACGACCAUUUCACGGGGGUCGCCAAACAACACGGUCCGCCAUUUCCCCCCCCUUUUCCUUAGCUGUGCUACUCCCU